AUGAAUGAUGAUAUGAAUGCGAGAUGUUCAUAAUAAAUCUUAGAAUCAAAUUAACUAUUAAUUGCUCUGCAUUUUAUAAAGAUGUAUUUGAUUUUUUAUUAAUAGAUUAUUUGCAAAGGGGUAAAUCGAAAAAGUACACCCCUCCAUUAAAAAUCCUUAAGGAAGAAGUGAAGAUCUACUUUUUAGAGAGGUCAACAUUACUUUGAAACCAAAAGAGAUUAAAUACUGA